CUGUCAUUUGGACCACACUUUGGAUGAGCAGCUGGCAGUGAGAAGAGCUGUGCUUUCAGAGUUGUUUCGCCAGUCGACAUCCUAAGUUCACAUCACUGCAAAUCAUGCCUUACAUGUCUUCCAUAGUGCGUAGUGCACUUACAUUUCAGUCUAUCCCGACAAGCCACGACCUGCACAUCCAUGGCUCCAUCAACGGUUUGGAGUUUGAUAUGGUGGGAGGCGGUAGCGGCAACCCUAAAGACGGGUCAGUUGAGAGCCGCGUGACGUCCACCAAAGGUGACCUGCCGGCUUUCUCGCCCCACAUCGUGGCGCCCCAUCUGGGGUUCGGGUUCUACCAGUACCUGCCCUUCCCCGGCGGGCCGUCACCUUACCAGGCCGCCAUCGAUGUCGGAGGCAAGUACAACGAACAUCGUACCAUACAGUUUGAGGACGGCGCCGUUCUGACUGCCAACUAUCGUUACACCUACAAGGGCGACAAGAUCAAGGGAGACUUCCACCUGGUUGGCAGCGGUUUUCCCGCCAGUGGACCCGUGAUGACCAACUCCCUGGCCUCGCUGGACAGGACCGUGGCGAAGAUCACGUGUGUCGACGAGCACAGUCUGGUCGACAACAUUGACUGGACCUACCGCACCAGCAGUGGCGGAAGCUACCGUGCCAUGGUGCAGACCAACUGUACGUUCCAGAAGCCGGUCAGGGGCGUCCAGGGGAACAUGCCCAUGUUCGUGUUCCGUCAGCUGGAGGUCAAAGCCACCAAGACCGAGAUCAGCCUGCAGGAGAAGCAAAAGGCGUUCACAGAGGUGCAGUGAGCGUUACAUUUGCUGUAACCACCCCAUAGUUAAAUGAAAGCUCAUCUGUGUUGGUAGAAGCAUAGAUAGUUUCAACACAUGUGAAAAGGGAACUCGCCAUAUAUUUUUAUUCGAUCUCGUCAACCUUCGUCAGAUGUGUGGUCCACUCGCUGCCGGACUGUUCGGGAGUCGGAGUGAUGGCGUCAGGAGUGCGUCGAAAAUAGCGGGAAGACGGAAUCUGCCACCGUCACAGUUCAGAGGUGGUUCAAGAUCUGUUCCGUCUUCCCGCUAUUUUCGAUGCACUCCUGACGCCAUCACGCUUCCGACUUCCGGAGAGUCAGCGAGUGGAUCACACAUCUGACAAAGGUUGACGAGAUCGACAAAAAAUUUAUGGUGAGUUCCCUUGUUGUUAAGCUCAAACUCGACAACUAUCCUGAGAUAUUCACUGCACAAAAUCCAUUCUAUAAACACACCUUAAACUUAAGCAUCCGUAACAUUGACAUUGCAAUCUGUAGCACGUCUAAAUUGAGGAUAAAACGAACAGCAAGUGGGAUAAAACAAGAAUAGCAAGUCAGGAAGACAGUGUUUACUGACAUUGAAAACGUUUGUUAGUGUGCUUACUAGAUACAUAUUUGAGUGCUUAGAUACAUAAACGAGACUAUCAAGACCUACUAGUAUAUGUAAAGGUGUAAUGGAAUGGGUGUAUGAUCCCCACAUUCUACCAAAAUCUGCCAUCCUAAUUCUACGUGUGUUACUUAGAAGAAUCAGACAGUAAAUUAUAAUUGGGCCUGAUUCAAAUUUCAUCUAUGAAAUCUAUUUCUAUUAUUCGUGCUAAAUAAUGGAGCGAGACGGCACUGUUUACUUGACUUUCUCAUGUGCUGUUCCGAUGUUGCAUUGCAAUGUGAGAAGGGUAUGUAAAUCUAAGGAAUCAAAAGAACUAAAGAACGAUAUAAUGGUACUCAUAUGUGCAGUAGGGCAGAGAAUCUUUCCAAUUGUAGGCCCAUAUGCAUAAGAUUCUUCCAUCACAACAGAGUGCAAUAUAUGUCAGUGAUCAUCAAAUCUCCUUAGAUAAUAUGAUGAGGGCAAAUUCAAAACGCAAAGAACACUACAGAAAGUACCCGUGCUUGCGUCUGACAUGGUCUCUUCUCUCGUUAUUUAAACAUGUACAUGCCAAAAAAAAUUUGAUAUUCUACACAAAUUUUUAAGGUGCGUAUUCCUUAACUAUGAAAACAGAACAGCGAAUCUAUUACAUAUGUAUAUUUAUUAAGUUCCGAUGUUGCAUUGAUGUACUGUUUUCAAGUAGCAAACCGCAUUCUUUAAAAUGUGCUAAAAAUAUAGGAUUUCGUGCAGUGAUAUUGAACUCCGUUCUAGUGUUGUGGCAUGAUUUCUCAAAUCCAGUUCCACCCAACCGGGCAACCGCAUAGUUCAAUACCAUACAUUACUCGAAAAAAAACUGAAUACUGAACUGCACAGACACUACUGAGCUGUACAUGGUGAUGUCAAGCUUUUCAUCUUGAACGGGGUGACUUACUGUGCAAAUGUUGGACAAUCCGGAAAUCGUAUUAUUAAAUAAUUUAAAUAAAG